CAGCCGCACACACUCAUCAUGGCGGCGACCGUAGGUAGUGGAAAUGCCCCUGUUUCGGGCACUCAAGCCUUAACCUCGGCUGAUCGGAGCUAUGAAGGUUCAACAUUUCAGUACAGCAUGGUCCUGGAGCACCUCAUCGGGGAAAAGAGGCCAAUUAAGGAUCUGAAUCCGACCGUUAUGGGGGGUCUUCCCAAUCCCAUGAAAACCGACGACCAGAAGAUGAUCGAACAGGGAAUGGAGAGCUGUGCUUUCAAGGCGGUUUUGGCCUGUGUUGGAGGGUUUGUUCUUGGGGGAGCGUUUGGUGUGUUCACGGCUGGUAUAGACACCAAUGUGGGAUUUGACCCCAAAGACCCCAUGAGAACACCCACGGCCAGAGAGGUUCUCAAAGACAUGGGCCAGAGGGGAAUGUCCUACGCCAAAAACUUUGCUGUCAUUGGGGCAAUGUUCUCCUGCACAGAGUGCAUCAUUGAGUCGCACAGGGGAAAGUCAGACUGGAAGAACGCUGUCUACAGUGGUUGUGUUACUGGGGGAGCAAUAGGAUUUCGAGCUGGGGCGAAGGCUGGCGUGCUGGGAUGUGGAGGUUUCGCUGCCUUCUCUGCUGCCAUUGAGUACUAUCUUCGGUGAAAACCAGGGCACCUUCUAUACCUUUUGAACAAUUGUUGAGGGAUCACUGUCCCUCUGGACCAGAAACAGACUUUAUACCUCGUGGAGAGAAAAACCAUCCCUGAUAACACUGCUCUGCAGAUGGAGCAUCUUAUCAUGAGGAUUAUCUACACUUGGACAAUUCCACGUUUGACCUUUUGUUGACUGUAUCCUGUGCACUGUAUUUACAGUGAUGUCAUACAGGGUGGGCCAGUCCAGGCUUAUGUGGCCCACUUGUUAUGCUGGCUUUGCCUUUAUCUAAAAAGUUAAGUCAUUGAGAUGAACCUCUAAUCAGUCGAGAGCUGGCUAUUCUCUUGUUUAGUUUUUGUGGGUGAAAUUAAGUUUGAAUCCAUUUGAGUGGUAAGGACAAAAGUCGAAGGUGCAUGGGCGACAGCCGAACACUGGUUUGCGACAGCAGCGCUCAGAUCAACAUGGCAGUGUUGCCAUUGUUUAUAAAAGGUUUUCAUUGUAAUGUAGAAAUAAACAUGUCUCCAACACCCAUAA